AUGUUUGAUGCUAUCGAUGGUCAUUCACCCAGUUCGAUCACUAGCGGUGAUUGUAAAGCAAUUGAUCCAAAUGAUAAAAAAUUAGCUGAAAAUAUGGUUAAAAAUCAUCUUGUUGUACCAAUUGAAGAUACUUCAAGCAGAAAGCUCUUAUCAAUUGAUGAUAUCACUAAAGCUGUUGGUACAGGUUGUGUACCAAAGCUUACUGAAGUUGAUUGUGCUCGUUCAUUAUGCUAUCAUUUGUUAUAUCGAAGUUUUGAUGGUGUUUGUAAUAAUCUAAAUAAACCAUUACUUGGUGCUGCCUUUAGACCAUAUUUCAGACAUUUACCAGCCGAAUAUGAUGAUAAGAUAUCAGAACCU